GUGCCAAGCCCGAGGCCCCGCUCCCGGCGUCGGAGCAGAGCAGGUGCAGGGGUGCAGCCGGCGCCCCACCGCCCAGCCUUCCGGAUCAUGCCAGCCCAGAGAGCCCUGACCAUCGGCUUGGCCUUUUUGGUGCUGCUGGGCACAGCCCGAGCAGGGCCCUUCUCCCCGAGGUCCAAUGUGACACUCCCAGCCCCACGGCCCCCUCCCCGGCCAGGGGGCCGCACGGCAGGGGCAGGAGAGGGGCGCCCCUCUUCUCAGCACUAUGAACACACGGUGGAGGGAGGGGAGAAGCAAGUGGUCUUCACCCACCGCAUCAACCUCCCGCCCUCGGCCGGCUGUGGCUGUGCCCCGGGCGCAGAGCCCUCUGCCCCUGCAUCGGAGGUGCAGGCCCUGAGGGCCCGGCUGGAGGCCCUGGAGGCGCUGGUGAGGGGGCUCAAGGAGCAGUGCAGCGGGGGCUGUUGUCCUGCCGCUGCCCAGGCAGGCACAGGCAAGACGGACGUGCGCAGCCUCUGCAGCCUCCACGGUGUAUUCGACCUGAGCCGCUGCGCGUGCUCCUGCGAGCCGGGCUGGGGCGGCGCGACCUGCUCGGAGCCCGCGGAGACCCCCGCCUCCUCCGCGCCCGCGGCACCCACGUCUUGCCCCGAGGACUGCAACGACCAGGGCCGCUGCGUCCGCGGGCGCUGCGUGUGCUUCCCCGGCUUCAGCGGCCCGAGCUGCGCCUGGCCCUCGUGCCCCGGGGACUGUCAGGGCCGCGGGCGCUGCGUGCAGGGCGCGUGCGUGUGCCGGGCGGGCUUCGGCGGCGUGUGCGUGUGCGACGAAGGCUUCGCGGGCGAGGACUGCGGCGUGAGGCGCUGCCCCUUCGACUGCCACCGGCGCGGCCGCUGCGAGGACGGGCGCUGCGUGUGCCACGCCGGAUACGGCGGAGAGGACUGCGGGCAGGAGGAGCUUCCCGCCAGCCCCUGUCCCGGGGGCUGCGGGCCCCGCGAGCUGUGCCGUGCCGGCCGCUGCGUGUGCGUCGAAGGCUUCCGCGGCCCCGACUGUGCCAUCCAGACCUGUCCCGGCGACUGUCGAGGCAGAGGAGAGUGUCGCCAGGGCAGCUGUAUCUGCCAAGAUGGCUAUGCCGGGGAGGACUGCGGGGAAGGUGAGCGACUGGGACCGGGGUGCAGAGAACAGAAGCUACGGGAGGACCCUGGGGAGAGGGGCCCGGGGCGCAGGAGUGGAGGCUGA